GCUGGCCAAACGAAAUGGUAAUGACAAGAAUGUUCGAAUAUGAAAAGCCGUGUUGGGCGUUUAAUUAAAUACACAUGUGGACAAUGCUAAUAAAUUACACUCGGGCUUCCGCAGACAAAUGGUUAUGUUAUAUCAUUUGACUAAGUAAACCGAGAGGCGUGUUGAAGUUGUGAUAUACGUUGGUCGUCCAACCUAAUUUCAGUACAGGAAGUACAUGGAACGUCCUCUUUCACGUGGUAGCGUUGCAAGUUGGUCACAGACGAACUGAACAGUGGCUAUUUUCAUGUUACUUACGUCCAGAAGGUCGACGAUGCUGUAAAAGUUUAGAAGAGGCCCUGAAAUGAGUUGCAAAACCACGGGAUAUUUUCUGUGGGGGUCACUAUGUCCUUGUAAUCUUUUAGGUCCAUUGCCAAUGCGGCGCAUAUCAGCGAACGCCAGUCGUCGGUGCAGUUCAAGUCAACCAACCAAGCAAGGGAACUCAGCGAAGGUGCGUGGGCCACUAACUAGCUAGUUUGUCAUCAAUGACUUGAUUUCAUGUGCUUUUUUAUUGUACGUCUCUGGUCUGAGGCUCAGAGACCUACCUCCAGAAGCAUUGUUUGCUAAUGUUGGUUGAUGAGAAGGAGAAUAUUCCUACUGCUAGUAACAAUUGGGCGACUUCCUGCUAACAAAAAUAUUUGCCAAGACUACCACUAUUGCCUCCUCCUAAUGUGGACAUGCCUCAAGGCAGGCUGCAAAUUAGUAAGGCCAAUAGGGGUUGGCAGAUUUGAAUUCAAUUGUUGAUUUCUGUAUGCAGGAAGAAUGAAAAAUGUAUGCACUCACUAACUGUAAGUCGCUCUGGAUAAGAGCGUCUGCUAAAUGACUAAAAUGUAAGUAACUGCUAUAUAUAAUGAUGUCAUAAAACAAAGCUCAAAUUAUGCAAGGCACUACCAGGCUAUACUGUCACCUAAUAACCAAACACCCUCAAUAAGAACAUUGCCUGGCUUUAAAUGUUGAAUUGAUAUGAGGGGAUGGUUAAAAUACAUCCUAUGUGUGAUCUCCUUUGCUGUGUACUGUCUGUUUACAUUUUACAUUUACAUUUUAGUCAUUUAGCAGACGCUCUUAUCCAGAGCGACUUACAGGAGCAAUUAGGGUUAAGUGCCUUGCUCAAGGGCACAUCGACAGAUUUUUCACCUAGUCGGCUCUGGGAUUAGAACCAGCGACCUUUCGGUUACUGGCACAACGCUCUUAACCACUAAGCUACCUGCCGCCCCCACUGUUUAUGGAAGUAACAUGAUUAGGAUGUUUUAUUUGUCUGUAUUUUUUAAACAGAGAUCCCAGUUCAUCCCAGCUGCUGACUCUAAGCACGACUGGAUUGGUCCCCCGCACAGCCUGUCAAACCUGCGGCCAAUCAUAUACCACAUCCCUGAGAAUGAGACUGAAUUGGAGAAGCAGCUUAGAACCUUGAGGCAAGAGACGGAGGACUGGAACCAUGCAUUCUGGACCAAUCAGAAUAUCACUUUCAACAAGGUUUGCAUCCUCAAUUAUCCAUUGACUCAACAGCAUCCUUAGUUAUCUAUUGACUCAUCUCAGAGACACCUAAAGCAAUAGUGCAUUCACAAAUGAUUUACUACUUAGCUCAGCUGUUGUUGAUAAACUUUUUCUGUGAGUUUCUUGGUUAUUUUACUUAAUCUCUGGUUAGCAUAAGCUUCCUUGGACCCUAAAUAAAAUGUAAUCUAAGUAGUAAAAGCCAAGCUAAGCAGAAACCCAUCAGUAAAUGUGUAUUGAGUUAGCUAUAAUAGAUUAUAAACUGGGUGGUUUGAGCCUUCAAUGCUGAUUGGCUGAAAGCUGUGCUAUAUCAGACCUUAUACCAUGGGUAUGACAAAAAAAUGACUUUGUACUGUUGUAAUUACAUUGGUAACCAGUUUAUAAUAGCAAUAAGGCACCUCGGGGGUUUGUGGUAUAUGGCUAAUAUACCACGGCUAAGGGCUGUUCUUAUGCACGAUGCAACGUCAUAUACCAUAACACAUUUUGCCCACCAGAGGGGAGCACUGCACUGAGGUUCUCAAAUAUUGAGGAAAAUAAAAUAUAUAUUUUUUUACAGUACUGUAGUAGUGUAUUCAUUUUUUAAGAACUUUGUGUGUGUUCAAAGGCUAUUUCUGUUUUUUUCAUUUAGGAGAAGGAUGCCUUCAUCCUCUCACAACUGAAGGAGAAAGGCUUGACUGAGAGAGAUGAGAAAGGUGAGCUGAUAUUGUGCUGUGAAAAUAUGAAGGAUAUUUUUUUCAUCAAACUGAUGGAUGACACAGGGGUGGUUGGAAUGUGUCUUGAUGUUUGUUGUUCCUUAUAUUUUCUCAGGAAGGAAAAGGGCUUUAAACAGUGAAGAAAUGGCAGUCUUUUACAAACAUUUCCUGGAUGAAAACUGCAUAAGACAUGCCAAUUACAAUAAGUAAGUUUGGGAAGUAUUGCUUACAGUUGAUCAAAUAGGUGCAAAAGGAUGCUCUGUAUCAUAUGUCCUACUGAGGGGUAAAAUAGCAGGUCUUGAAAUAUCAUUAUUAAUUAAUGUGAUAUAACUCAUGCUCAAGGUCAACUAUUUGCUGUAUGUGUCAAACUAGUAUGCUCAUAAGCAAGCCAUUGUGUGAAUAUAAUGAGUUCUCUCCUAUUUAUUACAGUGUUGUUGUCUCUUUUCCCUCCCUUCAUCUCAUUGACAGGGAUUGGUACAGACGUAACUUCACAAUCACCUUGCUUAUGGGCAGAGUGGCUUUCCACAACAUCUGGAGAACGCUUGCAGAGAGAAGAGGCUGGAAGAAAGGCAGCCCUACCACAUGAUACUCAUUAAAUAUGUUAUCUUCUAUUCCCUCA